CCAAAUUACAAAAUUCCCAUAAUACCCUCUACCUAUGUAUAUUAUUUUUACUAUAAUUAUUUUCUCACACAAUCUAUAGAAUUACAAAUUCAAAUUCCAAGCCCUGAAGGAGGAUAGAGAGAUCCAAACAACAAACUGACAGUUUAUCGGAUCAAAGUCUUCCCUCAAUUUCGAUUAAAGGUUUUGGGUGAUUGGAUUUGUGUUACCAGUUUACCAUAUUCGUCAUGAGGUUCAAGAGAGGGAGUAAAGUGGAGGUUAUGGGCAAUAAGGAGGUGUCCUUUUCAUGGCGUUCUGCUGAAAUUAUUUCUGGCAAUGGGCAUACUUACAGUGUAAGGUAUGAUAGUGAGAUGGCUGUGGAGAGAGUGUCUAGGAAGGCUAUCAGGCCUUGUCCUCCUCCCAUCGAAGGUGUUGAGAGCUUGGUGGCUGGUGAUGUUGUAGAGGUGUUUGAUGACAUUUCGUGGGAAUUUGCUACAGUCUUGAAGGUUUUGGGUGUGGAUUACUAUCUGGUGCGGCUACUUGGAUUUUCUCAGGAAUUGAGAGUUCACAAAUCCAACAUCAGGGUGAGGCAAUCUUGGGAAGAUGACAAAUGGGUUGUGAUCGGGAAGGGUUCUGGAAGAGGUGGAGAUUUGAAAUCUAAGAAACUAUUAACUUCAAAUUUUCUUGAGAAGGCGAGUUUCCAAGUGCCACAAGCCAAUAGCAAGAUUAAACUGCAAGCAGGAGAUGAUUAUUCUGCCGUUCAGAACAAUGUUGGGUUGGAGGAGACUCAUGUAACCUCUUCUAGGACGCUGAAGAGAGCAUCCCCUUAUUGCUCGUCUCUUAUUGAAGCUUAUACAGGGAAUGGUCAGAAAGUAAGAGCAAUUGAGAAAGAGGGUAGGCGUGAACGAGAAUUUCCGGCCCCAUUAUUGGAAAAGGUAGAUGCUGUUGCUUACCCACGAGAAAAUCUGGGUGAAAAAAACAUGCAUGCUUCCUUUAACAAUAGAUCAAAUGGAUAUUAUGAAAUGGAGAGGCCAAAAUUAAAUGGUGAUGUCAGCUGUUCCCUUGCAAGAAGUCUAGAACCUAAUGAUUCUGACAGUAUUGUGUGCUCUGUUGGUAGUUGUAGUGUUACUAGUGAGAGUCCAAAUAAGUGUCCUAGUCAAUUUGUAUCAGUUCGUUGUCAAAAUACAGAUAAUCUAUGUAGUGAUGCAGAAUCUUCUUAUGGCUCAAGAGAUGAGGAAGAAAGUUGCUCCCUUCCUCCAGAGGAGGAUGUGGCAGCAAGUAUCCAUAGGUUAGAGUUGCAUGCUUAUUGCUGCACUCUGGAGGCAUUGUAUGCUUGUGGUCCCUUAAGUUGGGAACAAGAAGCAUUGUUGACAAAUCUCCGGAUUAUGCUCCAUAUAUCAAAUGAAGAACAUUUGAUGGAGCUGAAGAAUUUAAUUUCUUCUGGAACUGGUAUUUAUAUUAGUUAACAGUUAAUGGAGCGAUUUCUCUUUUCUUUUUAAUUUUAUUUUUAUGGUAGGAUUUUGUUUUGUCUUUAGUGUCCACACAACAUUGUAAGAAGCAGAAUAAUAUUUUACUUUUGAUAGCUUCUGUCUCAGUUAUCUAAAUGUCUAAGUUAUCUAAACAGAAACUGUCUAGACGGCCCUCCUUUUUUUGUAACUCGUGAACUAUGUAUCAAAAUUCUUAUGAGGAAAUGGAUGUAACCAGUGCCAUCCUGGUUUUGUUUA